AAAGUUGUAUUAGAACGAUCCUCCUCAAGUUCUUCAACUCAAAGGACAAUAACAGGAAAGUAGCCUACUGCAUAAUGGAAGGGUCAGCUGAUCUGCGGAUUGUCAUGUUGGGUAAGACUGGAGCUGGGAAGAGCAGCACAGGCAACAGCAUUCUGGGAAAGAAUGUGUUCCCAACUUCAUGGGCUGCCGACUCUAAUACAGCUAACUGUCAGGCUGAAACGCACACCGUCGAUGGGAGAAGCAUCACUGUGAUUGACACACCAGGGUAUUUUUCUACUGAAUGCUCUGACGAUGAGCUGAAAUCUGAAAUAGCCAAGUGCAUUAUAGAGUGUGCCCCUGGACCUCACGCCUUUCUGAUAGUGCUGCCAGUACGGAGGCAAACUCCAGAAGAGCGGAAAGUGGUGGAAGAAAUUCUUAGAAUGUUUGGCGACAGUGUUCUGAAGCAUGCCAUUGUUCUAUUUACCCACGGGAAACAGCUUUCACGCAAGUCCGUCAAAACGUUUGUGGAACGCAGCAAACACCUGAAAGAGCUUGUCCAAAAGUGUGGAGACCGGCUUCACGUCGUUGACAACACAGAGUGGAAUGACGAAUACAACAGCGAUGAUGAAAACAACAGCGUUCAAAUCAAGAAGCUGCUGAACACAAUUGAUCAGAUGGUGAGAGAGAACGGGGGAGAGCACUAUACCAACGAGCUGCUCCAGGCUUUGCAUCAAGCCAUUGAGAAGGAAGAGGAAGAAGUCAUGGACGAAACUGAAGGACUGUCUAAGACCACUGUCAGGGAAAUGGCGAAACGGAAUGUAAUGGAAAGGUUUUUAGUCAUGGUAGCAGGCAUUGCAGCCGGAGCACUAAACGGGGCGUAA